GCAUAGAUGACAAGAGAGCAAGGUCGUUGUCAGCUUGUUAGCUUUAUGGUUGUGGUAAAUUGUUGUAGAGAGUCAUUUAAUCAUUAUUCACAAAUUAUUUUACAUUAUUUAUAUUCAUUUUCGGAAUGUGCGAAUUGCGGUGAUUGACUUAUGUGUGUUAUAUAGUGCCUUCAAUGAAUUGAAAAACUUCUGAUGUUUAUACAGAGAAAUAAAUGUUUUAGAUUUUGUGACACUAGUAAAGGUUAAGCGCAACUUGGAGCCCUAAAUAUUUCCAAAUAAUUUUGGAGACUACAAACAAAAAAUGGCAGUUAAACAUAAAGUGGUUGAACGAGUGUAUACUCCAAGUAGGCUGCAUUUAAUUUUGCGCGCCUUACAAAAUUUAAACCUUGAAAUUGAACAGCAGGGCAUGGAACUCCCCAAAGUUUGUGAAACAAUAGUUCAAAGUUUGGGAACUGUGUCCAUGCCCCAGAAGACUGAGGAGUAUGUUAAAUUUAUGGCUGAUGUAAAAAAUAUCCAAGAAAUCUUAACAAAAGCUUGUACAAGUGAAGAAUUGAUAUCAACAACUCUUAAGACCCUAUACAACUGUAUUUCCGAUCGAAAAAGGCAACGUCAUGCCACCAUGUCCAUAGUUUUGCAGUUAAUAAGUAUUGAUGCAAUUCCAGACGCUGUUAAGUGGUUGUUAUCAUCAGGAUAUUCUGAACAAAGUUUAGAAGAAGCUUUAAUGACUUUAUGUUGUUGGUUAUCAUGUUGGACAUGGACACCAAACUUAGGGCCUCUUGUGUUGUGUUUUAUGGAAGGAUUGGAAGAGGAGGGACACUACGAUAUACUUGUACAAGUCACUCUUCAUUUCAUAGAGAGACUUUUCAAACUACUUAUCUUGUCAGAACCGAGAAAAACUGUUGGACCUGUGGUGUUACACAUGCUAUCUAGUAUGCAACACAAUCCAGAAGCAUUCAAUAAAAUAGCUCCCCAUUUUAACAAAGUAUUGACUUUCCUACAAAAAGAGAAUUCAGAGAAUAGCCAAAUGUACUUGUUAAAAAUUGUCAAUUUGAGUGUGGCUUUGAUGGAGACAUUUCCUCAAAGUAUGGAAAACUAUGUGUCUAUCAAAAGAUUCCUCGAAACGUACACAACAAAUUCUAAUUACAAAAGUUUGUUGAACUGUAAGCCAUGGAUUAAUAGGGGAAUUUCAACAAUGAUCAAACCCAAUUCGUUUGGAAAAGUUGGUUUAAACAAUCUGGGAAACACAUGUUAUAUGAAUAGCGUCCUUCAGGCUCUUUUCAUGACCAAGAUCUUUAGGAACGAUGUCCUGUUAGCCAAAGGGGAUUUAAUGCCCUUGUUUUCCAAGUUGCAAAUUCUGUUUGCACUUCUGCAACAUUCACAGAAAUCUUCUUUAUCUCCAAAUGAUAUUUUGAAUUUGGCUCGGCCCCCGGGAUUUCAACCAGGCCAUCAGCACGAUAGUUCAGAAUUUUUGGGAUACCUUUUAGAUGUCUUGCAUGAACAAGAGAAAUCGAUCAGCGGAGAACAAGAAAUCGCUAGCAAUUCGAAUGCACCUAGCAGCAGUGGUAGCGCUACUUCUGCGCCUCUUACGGUUGUGCAGCGUUCGUUUGGUGGUCGUUCCGUAACGAUUUCGCGGUGUAACAACUGUGGUAAUCAGAGCGAACGGGCAGACACGUUUCGCGAACUCCAACUGUCCUUCCCCAGUAGCAGCGGCGACGAGCCUUCGUCCAUCCAGCACCUGGUCGAUUACUAUUUGCAACCGGAACGUUUGUGUGAUGACAACCAGUAUCACUGUGAUAAAUGCGGUGGCCUGACGGAUGGCGAACGUGUCACCAAAGUCGUGGAACCGCCUCCGCGGCUUGUGCUCACACUCAAAAAUUUCCGUUACGACUCAGUCUCACAGCAGCGCACGAAAUUGCUUCAACGCGUUAAAUUAGACGGUUCGAUAAAGUUAGAGGGGGCGCAAUACAACUUGUACGCGACUGUAGUACAUUGUGGCAUGAGUCUUGAUUCGGGACAUUAUUACACCUUUGCAAAGGAUGGGGCUACCGCCACACAACAAGAGUGGUACAUGUUUAGCGAUUGCGUGGUGACACGUGCAAGCGAAUCGAUGUUGGGUAACAUGAAACAUCAUGAAACUCCAUAUAUACUGUUUUACAGUCGAGAGGAUUGCGUGGAUCCGGCUCCAUUGCCUCGGAGUGCGUUGUCCCCCAGAUUGGAGAAUGUCGUCCUGAAGGAUCUGUCAGAAAACGAGAACGAAAGAAGACGGGCUGCAAUAAGGACGGUCGCGCGUAAUAAUAGAAACGACGAUCCUCCUCCUCCUGGAUGCAGUGGAGGCGGACUUUUUAACCCCUCGCAUACGCGGUUCGUUUGUUAAUAAUAUGGUAACAUUUUUGAACAGGGUUGGACGCGACAAACAUGGGGAACGAAUUUAUAUUCUAAUUUUUGGAGUUUUUCGUGUCUCGCCCUGUAUUAUUAUAGUGUAAUAAUGAUAUCAUUAUUAUUAUU